AAAACCGGUGCGGUAUUGAAGUCGACCGUCAAACAAUGGAGAAGUUCUUUAAGCGGUUUGGUUUCCAGUAUCACAUUGUACUCGACAAAACAGCUCAGGAAAUGAAGCAGGAGGUGAUAGACUUCAGAAACGGCAUCAACAGCAGCAGUGGAGACAUCAGCUGUGUGUUUGUGGUGACUUCGUCUCACGGACAUCGGGAUGUCAUCAUAGGUGCAGAUAAAAAGAGGCUGCCAGUAAAAGAUAUAAUCGAACCGUUUGGAGACGAGCUGUGUCGCAAGAUGAAGGGGAAACCUAAGAUCUUCAUCAUAGAUGCCUGCAGGGGGAGCAACCGUGAUACUGGAGUUAUAUUUGAUUCUGCUGCUGAUGAAAAACUAUCAAAGGAAGCCAUGGCUACAAAAGAGUACCGGUCCACUCGAGUGCCACCAUGCAUCAACGACAUGCUGGUUGCUUAUGCAGCCAUGACAGAUUAUGUGGGCAUGAUGGACAGCACCUCUGGUUCACACAUGAUUUACAACAUUAGUCAAGUGUUUUCCUCACCUGAUGCAGCAGGAGAACAUCUCUAUAACUUGUUUGUGAAGGCCAAUGCAAAGAUGGUGGCAAACACCGUAGAUGUCACAGUCGAUGAAGGGAAGCCGACUCAAAGAAGGGAGCACGCCAACGCAGAGAUGGUGAAGAGAAACGCUCCAAGUAGUAGAACAAUGGUGGUGAUGACAAUCGAGUCCACCCUCAAGAGGCUCUUUUACCUGGGACGCAGGGGGGAUGCUGUCUGUUGUGAAGUAAAGGAGAAGGAGGAUGAGGAGUUGGAGUGGUACAAGAGAGAAAUGGAGAGAUUGAUACUGGGGCUUGGGGCGUUUCCCGAGCUGGAACAGCUGGUCAACAGGAAGGAGACCCUGCAGAGGGACAGUUUAGAGGAUUGA